AUGCCGUACUAUCAACAAGUGUGGGCACUUUCCGAAUGUUUUGCUCUAGUGAAGGAAUAUGAAAAGAAACUGAAUAUUCGAUUUGAAUUUUUAAUACGAGCUCGACCUCAUUCAGUUCUUGCUUUAGUUAAUCAAACAUUAGAACCUUUAAACAACUUAACUAUAGCUAUUCCAGAUCAACAUAAUUUUGGUGGCUACAAUGACCGAUUUGCUAUUGGUUCCAUGUCUAUGAUGGGAAAAUAUAUGAGUCGAUGGCACAACUUUAGUGCUUGUUAUAUAAAAAAUAUACAUGCUGAAUCAUUUCUAAAACUCUUUUUAGAUCGGUUCCAUAGUAAUGUUACACUGAUAAAACGAUUAACUUAUGAACAUUUACCACAUGGGUUUGGACAUUGCCACUAG